AGCAUUGGCUUAUAGUUAUGGAUAAGCCUGGGGGUGAAGGGGCCACGAAACAGCAAAUGAUCGAUUGUUAUAUUCAAACCCUUGCUAAAGUCGUCGGAAGUGAGGAGGAGGCGAAGAAGAAAAUAUAUAAUGUGUCGUGUGAGAGGUACUUUGGCUUUGGUUGUGAGAUUGAUGAGGAGACCUCUAACAAGCUUGAAGGUCUGCCUGGUGUUCUGUUUGUUCUUCCAGAUUCUUAUGUUGAUGCUGAAAACAAGGACUAUGGAGCUGAGUUGUUUGUCAAUGGGGAGAUAGUCCAGAGGUCGCCGGAGAGACAGAGGAGAGUGGAGCCAGUGCCGCAACGAGCUCAAGACAGGCCAAGAUACAAUGACCGAACUCGUUAUGUCAGGCGCCGUGAGAACAUGCGGUGAACAGGGAAUGCUGAAUAGGGAGGUCUAGCUUGUAUGAUAUUCUAAUGAAGGCUUUAUCAUCUCAAGGUCUUGUGUCUAUUUUGUGUUGACAUUAGAGUACAUCUGGUUGUAGUGUCACAAUAAACACUGUCAACUCGAAAUGUAUCAGGACAUUGAUUAGCUCAGUUCAAUACCGUUGGAAGACAUUCUUUCCGACCAUUAUGUCGUUGAUUUAAGGGUUUCUUUACAGUGUAAGGAACUGAGGUGCCUUCAUCUGCUUUUCAUCUUCCUUCUAUCCAGGAUACUGAAAAUUAAUGUAGUUGCACUA